AUGAAGGACACAUUUUCCAAUGCCAAUUUUCCCAAAACCGCGGAUGGUCGUGUUUAUCACGUCGGAGUUAAACAAGGCGAAGUUGCCAACAGGAUAAUAACGGUGGGUGAUCCAAGUCGUGCUCAAAAAUUAGCCGAAUGGUUGGACAAAGACUUUCCAAUAUUUCAACACAGCAGUAGCCGUGGUUUCUUUACGCUCACCGGUAAAUACAAGGGAGUACUCGUUAGUAUUAUCGCGAUUGGAAUGGGAUUACCGAUGAUGGAUUUUUUUGUUCGCGAAGUAAGAGCGAUAACGGAUGGUCCAUUGAUAAUAAUUAGAUUCGGCUCAUGUGGAACUAUUGGGAAAGGUCAUGUUGGAGAAAUAGUUGUGCCUAGAGGUUCAUUUUCUAUUACCAGGAAUUUUGAUUAUUUUUUGGAUGGUGGGGAUGAAUACGGAUACGAGAGUGCCGAGAAUGUGAAAGAAACGGAAAGUGAUUUAAAGCCUGGGAGGACUAACAAGAGGUCGAAUACCGGUGAGACGAAUUUACCAAGGAAGCGUCUUAAGAAGGAGGAAAGACCCUAUAUUCUGUCAAAGGUGGUCAAUGCAGAUUCAGAAAUUUACGAGAUGCUACAACGUCAACUUCUUCUUCACCUGCCUCCAGAUGAGGUUCACACCGGACUGAAUGCAUCGUGCGAUAGCUUUUACUCGUCACAGAACCGCGAGGAUGAAAACUUCACGGACAACAACAAAGGAUUGAUCAAAUCUGUUAUAGAUGAGUAUCCGGAGGCGGAAUCAUUAGAAAUGGAAACUUUCAUGUUGUUUCAUUUGGCAAAAUGUAGUACCGACGUACCACUCACCCGCAAGACACAAGCGGUCGUAAAAAAUCGAAUGAAUAAGAACGAAUGUUUAAAUGAAAACAGUAUAAGAGCAGCAGCUUUAAUGAUGGUCUUUGCAGAUCGCAAAACCAACGAAUUCGUCGAUCCCAGUCAAGUGGAUCAUUUGGAGUCAGUUGUUGGUCAAGUUGUACUCGAUACCUUAAUAUCCGUAAAGUCAAAUGAGGUGUGUGUAAAGUCUGAAAAGCUACUGUCAGAGGAAUGA